GUCGCGGUCUCGUCCACGGCGGCUCCGGUGGUUUUGACUGUCACAUAAAAGUCUCACCGGCCGACCGGCGGAACUGUCUCUACUCUCUGCGGGACCGGAUCGGACCUGACCGACACCGGGGAUCGGAACCAGCGCUGACAACGCCCGCACAGCUUGAAGGCGCCUGGUGGACUUCCACUGCUGACAUCACCUACAAUCAAAGAAAUCCAUCCUCGGUAGCCUCCACCUUACUGUGGCCUGCCUUGCGUGGGAUGCUGGAGAGUGGGAGAGCAGGAGUGGAGAUUUGAUGCCACUUGGCAACAGUAAGAGGUGUGGCAUAGUCAAUCAUGGGGGAUUCAAUCUUCAACUGCUGUUAUGUCCCACCCCAUCCUCCAGGCGAGGGGGAGCCCCCCAGGUCCAGACGCUCGGAGAUCAUGGCCUCCAAUUCAGCUCACAUCUCCUCCGACAAGCGCUUCCUCAUCUUCUUUGACUUUGAUGAGACCAUCGUGGAUGAAACCAGCGACGACAUGGUGGUGCAGGCCGCCCCGGGUCAGCACCUCCCGGCCUGGCUGAAGGACACCUACCAGCCCGGCCGCUACAACGAGUACAUGCAGCGCGUGCUGUCCUACCUGGCGGAGCAGGGCGUCACCGAGAGCGACAUACGCAACAUCAUGGAGAAGAUACCGGCCACCCCCGGCAUGCUCACCCUCUUCCAGUUCCUCCGCACACGGCCCCAGCAGGACUUUGAGGUGGUGCUACUGUCCGACGCCAACACCUUCUUCAUCGAGUCCUGGCUCCGGCGCGCCGGGGCCCGCCCACUCUUCCACCGGAUCUUCACCAACCCGGCCACCUUCAACAAGGACGGUCGGCUGGUGAUGCGGCCUUUCCACUCACACGACUGCCCGCGGUGCCCCGACAACAUGUGCAAGCAGGUGGUCGUAAGGGACUAUGUGGCCCGCAGGACGCAGGAGAGGGGCCGUCCGUACCAGAGGGUCUUCUACGUGGGGGACGGAGCCAACGACUUCUGCCCGGCGCUCUCCCUCGGACCCCGGGACGUGGCUUUCCCGCGGCGGGACUUCCCCAUGCACCGGCUGAUCACGGAGACCCAUGAAGCUAUGCCCGGGGAGUUCAAGGCGGUCACGGUGCCAUGGGUCAGCGGGGAGGAUGUGGUGCAGCGGCUGAGGAAGUUGGUGGCAGAGUAGAGGCUCACAAACAGAGAGUGGAGAUACGAUUAAGGGGCCAGUUGACAUUUUUAGUCAUAUUCUCAGGAAAAAAUAGUCAUAGAAACUAAUGUUCAAGGCAAUAAAAUCAUUUGUACUGUCAGUAAAAAUAAAGUAAAUAGUGUCUGUCUGGCGUCCUCAGUCCAGGUUCUCACGUUUUGCUCCGGAGGUCAGUCUCAAAACAGAGGCCCAGUUUGACAUCAGCAGGUUAAUGAUUAUGGGGAUUUGACAUUGACACCCAAAGAGAGGAAGUCAAUGACAAAUCCAACGCUUUCUUAUAAGAAAAAAAAAUGAAGUAAGGAUAUAACUUUAAAGUCUGAGGACAUUUGCAUAAUAAAUAUCUUUCAAUAGGACUUGUUGCUUUUAAGUGUUAAACGGGUCAGUAGAGAAAUCUGUGUGAGUCUUAAUAGCAAUAUUAAAAAAUAUUAUGGACAGUUAUGUCAACCAAGUGACUGGUUGCUCUCAAAUAAUUAUAAGUGUUUUCUUACAAACUGCACUUUUUAAAGUAUGAAAACUUAAAUUAGUCUCAAUAAAUGAAAUCAGAGUAACCCUGCCACCUGAUGGCAAUGGGCAUUUCGCCAGAUUUUUAUCAACAUGCUUCUCAGAGAAUAUAUGUCUAAUUUAGAAAUAUGUGACUAUGUUGUAAGAGGGUGUUUGUUUAACUUGUUUAUCGGUCUGUUGUGUCUUUACUGUGUAGGCCAGGCCUACUGAAGAAAAUAUUAACACCAGCAGGAAUAAAGCCAUCAACUGAAA